GCGCAUUUGGCUGCGGGCAGGUUGUGAGGGCGCUUUCUGCAGCAGCAUGCAUGUCCAUAGACGUCAUUUGAUUUUAAUGGCCUGCAGGAAAUUUGGUGUUACAACUCCAGACAUUAAGGCGAGAGAGGGAGAGAGGGAGAGACAGAGGGGGGAAAUCACCGCGUGAAAGAUAUUGGUUCAAGGAUAUCUCUUCAUUUUCAACAUAUUUUUCUACUGGGACUUUAUCAACAAGUUACUGCGCCUUGUAUUGCAUGCCGCCUGAGUGAAGGACUAUGGCUUUAAACUUUAGAUCCAGGCCGGAGAUGGAGAUGGAAAUGUAUGCCUACUAGCUGGAACUGCCUGGGGAACUAUUACAUCAGACGAAAUGACAAUGAUUAAAAUCAGCAUUUUGCUGCUCUAAAUCCAUUGAGCGACAGUUGCCUGUUCGGUUUCCAACCCCCUACAACUUCACACCGUUAAGGGAACCCGUCUACUUUAGCUGGGGUAAAAAUUAGAAGUUAUUAUAUCUUUGCAGUCAUAAUUUCGGGAAUAAGGAGGGGGUAUAUCACGUUUUUUCUUCCUUGAGAAAAUUGCCUGGGUGAGAGAGUGGAGUUGAGCUAAUUGUAGCCUAAUCCCUGGCCCAGAGGCACUUGGGCUGCCCGGAGCAAGAUCUUUCUUUUUCAGCUCUGCUCUGUUAUUUAGAGACGGAUUAUUGGCUUUCUUCUUCUCAUAACAAACCACAGGGGCAGUUUCAUUUAGGCAACAAAAAGCAAGAACAAGAAGAAGCCGAAAAAACGAAGCAGGAAUCCAACAAGAGCGCACAAUUUUACGCGUAUCCAAAAUAAGAGCACAGAAGAGGAAGGAGAUCAUCUCAUCUAUGUACAAGGAGGGAAGAAGCAUGUCUCGGCUGUCUCUGACCCGGUCCCCGGUCUCUCCUCUGGCCUCGCAGGGGAUCCCUCUGCCGGCUCAGCUGACCAAAUCAAACGCCCCGGUGCACAUCGAUGUCGGGGGACACAUGUACACCAGCAGCCUGGCGACCCUCACCAAGUACCCAGACUCCAGAAUCAGUCGUCUGUUCAAUGGCACGGAGCCCAUCGUGUUGGACAGCUUGAAGCAGCACUACUUCAUAGAUCGGGACGGAGAGAUAUUCCGCUACAUCCUCAGUUUCCUCAGGACCAGCAAACUGCUCCUUCCAGAUGACUUCAAGGACUUCCACCUGCUGUACGAAGAGGCGCGUUACUACCAGCUGAUGCCCAUGAUCAAGGAGCUGGAGCGCUGGAAGCAGGACCGAGAGCAGCGGAGGACGAUGCAGCCGUGCGACUGCCUGGUGGUGCGAGUGACCCCCGACCUGGGAGAGAGGAUCGCUCUGAGCGGGGAGAAGGUGCUCAUCGAGGAGAUCUUCCCCGAGACCGGAGACGUCAUGUGUAACUCUGUGAACGCCGGCUGGAACCAGGACCCCACACACGUCAUCCGAUUCCCCCUCAACGGAUACUGCAGGCUCAACUCCGUGCAGGUCCUGGAGCGUCUCUUCCAGAAGGGUUUCAGCGUGUCGGCGUCUUGUGGAGGCGGCGUUGAUUCUUCCCAGUUCAGCGAGUAUGUGUUGUGUCGCGAGGACCGACGAAGCCUCUCAAUGAACACGUCCAUCAGGAUAAAACAGGAGCCCCUGGACUAGAGCAUCCUGGGAAAAGGGACUGUCAACCCUACCAAUACUCCCUCCAUCUUCUCACACCACCUUCCCUCCCCUCACCCUCCAACAGGACACUCACCGCCCCCCCCCCCCCCCAACAUACCUAAGUAUUAGCAGAGGCUUGUUAACCUCGCGUCUCUGCAGAACUCUGAGGGGAAUGUAGUACCAAACAAAGGAAAGAAAGCAGCAGCAAGAGUUUUUGAUUAUGUUUAAACAACUCCCAAAGAGACUGUGAUGAAAACAAAUGGACUCGACAGCAGCUCACUUGAACAAUUUAUAGCACCGUGACUGGUUCCCUCAUGAAUAAGGUAUCCUGACCCUUUUUGGACUGAGAAAACUCCAAGAAUCCCAACACACACACCUACUCCAACUUUGUCUGGCCUGCUGUGGGACAUAAAGCUUUGGCAGACAGGACGCUGGUAAUGAUAACAGGAAGAGGACAUAAUCCCAUAAUUUCUCGUGUCCCCCAAAAGGCCCCAAAUCCCCCCAAGACCCUCGACCCCCCCACCCCUACAGGCUUUGCUACAGACGGCGUCGCCUCGCCGAAAGCAGCAUCGUUUGCCAAACUGAUUGUUUAUUACAAUUUUCAUUGUUGUUUCUAAAGUAUGUUCUUCUUGCUCCUUUUGCUGUUCUUAUCAUGACAUGGUGUAAACCAUUAUUAUUAAUAGGAUUAUUUUUAAUGUUUUUUCCUUUCUCCAAUAUGAAGGAUGUAUGAACGUUGUAUUCAUUAGGCUUUGAGAGCUUGUGAGGGAGCGUUUCUUGGCAGUAGAGGCAGAAACUCAGAUGUCUGCAGGCUAUGUGGCUAAAGCGAUCUGGCUGGCAAUGCAUUCAGAGCCGGGAAAAGUCCCAUUGUUCAAACGAGGGAAGGAAGAGAACCUGGAUCUUUCAAAAUUGUUUAUAGUCAAAUGUGUAACACACAUAAAACGUGCUCUGGAAUUUCUGCUUAUUAGCUCUAAAACAUAUCUCGGGUCUCUGAUCGGAUUCUUUCUCACGGGCACGAAACAUUUGCUUUUAUUCAGCAGAAGUUUACGUCCAUUUGAAAUGUUGAACAAGCUCUAAGUGUAUUCCAGUUUGAUGAGGGAGAAUGUUAAAGACUUGAGGACCAACGUGGACGGUAGCCAGUAUGUCUCGUGAUCAGCAAGAGAUGUACUCUAAAUGUUUCUUUGCACUUAAACAUUUCCCAGCCAACACUAGAUGAGCCCCGUGAAGUCAGGCUGUUCAAAAACACGUUCCAACAGAAUGAAAAGGUACCAAAGGAGACGAGGUGCAGAUUUUGUUGAUUGUAAAAACAUAAUGGCAUCAUCUCUUUUAGCAGUUUAUAGCCAAAUACACAAUGCAUUAUACAAAAAAUACCAACAUGUGUUCCUCCAGGCCUCUGGUUUUGUUGAGAAUAGCUCGCAGCGCAAAGUUUGAGAGCCAAAGUCUCUUGUUUGUUUCAAUAUUGUCACUUCUAAGCCAAGAUUAUUUUCUCUGGUUUGUCACAUGUUCGUACGGCAGAACCCAAAGUAAACUCCCAGCAUCAGCGUCUCUCACAAAGAGGCGAGUGGGCGGCAUUUACUCUAUCCUGCUCUCAUUCUUUUGGUCUUAUUCUCAACAUGUCUGGAUCAAAGACAGAAAACAAGAAAGGCCAAGUUGUCCAUGCUUUGUAUUUGUGUGUAACUCACAGAUGCUGUUUCUUCCAAUCCAAAAGACUGAUAUAUAAAAAAAAAAAAGUCCAUUCUGAUCUUUGUGAGCUCUGAGCUAAACUGGGGUUGCUUUUUAUUUAGGUAGGUUUUUGGACCGUGUUGUGCUAAUAUCUGCUCUGGAUGGUUUGAUUAAAUAAGGCCAGUGAUUGGUGGAAGAUGAGCUGGGUGUUAGUGCAGAAAUCCACUCCUCCCCGGGGGUCUCGCUCACAAUCAAGCCCAUCUUUGUUCUGACCUGCCAGUGGCCUGCGCCUUUGCAUCCAGUCGCCUCAAAGGGAAUGGUCAACAGGGCCUUUCAUGUUUCAGAGGCAUGUUGGGCUCUUCACAGCGACCGCCUCCCCGAAGGCUCGCAGCGGUGCCAGUAGAAACUCGGCUCUCACCCCCUGCUGUGGUGUCAUCCCCAUGCCCUGCUUUCUGUAAAAAAUCGCCCUCCUACUCCGCGGCUCACUGAACCACACGGCAACACACAAACUGAUGAGUCAAAUCUGGGGAGAAGUUACUGUACGGGAUCUUUGACCCAGUUGGGUGUCAUCAAAAACUCAGAAUCAGAGUUAAACCAGACUAGUUCAAUCUGAGAAGAAGUUACCGUACAGCUGCUGAUCCUGGGACCUUUGACCCAGUUUGGUGUGAAAAACUCAGCGAAAACUAAGAAUCAGAGUUGAAUUUAAACCAAACAUCUGCAGGAAUUACCCUUUUUUUUUUAGGGAGGAAGUAAAAAAGGCUUGUUUUCUCACUGAUGUUGAAAUUGCAAAUCACAAAAUUGGCGUUUAAUCCGUUUGCCGAUGAGCUCUCCAAAAGCUCUCAGUGAAAUUUGAUCAGAAGUUGCCGAUCCCCAGAUCUUUGAGCCAGUGUGGAGAACUCAGCGAAAACUAAGAAUCAGAGUUGAGAUUAAACCAAACAUCUGGGAGGAAGGAAAAAAGGCAUGUUUUCUCACUGACGUUGCAAUGAGAAGUCACAAAUGGACGUCUAACAGAUUUUAAGGGGUGCACAUUAGAAUAAAACAUAAAUGGCUGCAGAUAAAGUGAGAAAAGGAACAGAAAAUGCAGUUUUUGGAGUUUGUCAUUCUGUGCAAUAACCAAACCUUUUGACUCAAUGACAGGUUCGUUACAAAGCUAAGAGAACUUCAUAUUGUUCACACGUUUUCGAUGAAGUGCUGGUCAGUGUUUCAGCCACUUUACAUGGCAUUCACUCCACCUCUGAGGCGGGUCAGUUGUACAGUUAUUGUAUAUUGAAUUAUCAGGACUCUGGGUUUUAAACGGGACCCUCGUGUUUUUAAGAGACCUCUAAGUCCUCGUCACAAAAAAAAAAGAAGAAUGGAAAUAAUUCAAAAGCAUUACAUUGUGUACAUAUGGAUUCAAACAUUUCAAAGGGUAUAAUAAGGUGCAAAUGUAUAUUAUUUAAAGUGUUUAAAACAAUUAGACUGUGGUAUUAAAGGGCAUGUGUUCAUUUACAGUGUCUCCAUUUGACUUUUCUUGCAUAUUUGCGAUAAUAAAAGGAUGUACUGAUGUAUAACUGA